AUGGAGUCCUUGAUAAGAAAUCCAAUCAAAAGGAAAGUACCACUGAAGACCUAUGCAAUUUUGGCAGCAUUGACUCUUGGCACAAUGUCACUCUCUAAUUUAGCUCUAAGUUACCUCAAUUAUCCAACUCAACUGAUAUUCAAAAGUUGUAAGCUCAUUCCUGUGAUGAUAGGCAGUAUUAUUAUUUUGGGCAAGAGAUAUGGCUUUUUAGACUAUCUGGCUGCUAUUAUAAUGUGCAUUGGCUUGACAAUGUUCACUUUAGCGGAUUCGAAAACGUCGCCGAACUUCGAUGCUGUGGGUGUGCUGGUGAUAUCUCUGGCGCUGCUCUGCGACGCUAUAAUUGGAAACGUCCAAGAGAAGGCGAUGAGGCAGUUCCACGCCACCAACAACGAGGUGGUGUUCUAUUCGUAUGCUAUUGGAUGCUGCUACCUCCUGGCCAUUACGGGUGCCAGUGGGAUAUUCGUAGAUGGAUUUUCAUACUGCUCAAAGAACCCAGCGGCGAUGUACACAAACAUCUUCCUGCUGAGCGUGAGCGGCUACAUGGGCCUGCAGGCGGUGCUGACGCUGGUGAGGAUAUGCGGUGCGACGGUGGCGGUCACCGUCACCACGAUGAGGAAGGCGCUCUCCAUCAUCAUAUCGUUCCUCCUGUUCAGCAAGCCGUUCGUCUUCCAGUACGCGUGGUCGGGAAUGUUGGUUGGGCUGGCGAUAUAUUUGAACCAUUACAGCAAGAAGCACCCACAUUAUGUGCCCAUGCCGCUUCUCAUUUGUUGGCACUAUCUACAGUCUUUCUACCAAUCUGAAUAUAGGUAUCUUAGGAUGAAGAGCAAGAUAUACGCUGACACUGUA